UGCUGCUGCGUUGCAUUGUGGGCUUUGUAGUUGAGGGGAGCGGACUACGAAUCCCAGGGGCCUGCGGGGCUGCCGGUUAGUUCCGGACAACGCCUGGUGUGUGGUAACACGGCGGACGCUUCCUUCUCGUAGGGCUUCCGGUACCGUGGAGAAGCCCCUCGGAGCUCUGUGGGCUUUGCGGGGCGGAGGGGAGCUGAGGUAAGGGGGUGAGGGCAACUUUUCUCAAGUUCUUCAAAUAUUCCUGCACGACGAGGAGAAAGAAGAAACAUUUCAGUGAAUGAGGAGUCUUUUGCUUCUAUAGCAUUUUUCUUGAGAAGUGGGACGUUGAAUGAGGAUGACAAUGGAAGAGAUGAAGAAUGAAGCAGAGACCACUUCUAUGGUUUCCAUGCCACUCUAUGCUGUUAUGUACCCUGUCUUUAAUGAGCUAGAAAGAGUAAAUCUAUCUGCAGCUCAGACACUGAGAGCAGCUUUUAUUAAGGCUGAAAAAGAAAAUCCAGGCCUCACACAGGACAUUAUUAUGAAAAUUCUGGAGAAAAAAAGUGUGGAUGUGAACUUUACAGAGUCUCUCCUACGUAUGGCAGCAGAUGAUGUAGAAGAGUAUAUGAUUGAAAGACCAGAACCAGAAUUCCAAGAUCUGAAUGAAAAGGCACGAGCACUUAAACAGAUUCUUAGUAAGAUUCCAGAUGAGAUCAAUGACAGAGUGAGGUUUCUUCAGACAAUCAAGGACAUCGCCAGUGCAAUAAAGGAACUUCUUGACACAGUAAACAAUGUCUUCAAGAAAUACCAAUACCAGAACCGGAGGGCACUUGAGCACCAAAAGAAAGAGUUUGUAAAAUACUCCAAAAGUUUCAGCGAUACUCUGAAAACCUAUUUUAAAGAUGGAAAGGCAAUAAAUGUGUUCAUUAGUGCCAACCGACUAAUUCAUCAAACCAACUUGAUACUCCAGACCUUCAAAACUGUGGCCUGAAAACUGUAUAUGUUGAGAGUUGUACUUUUCAAUGGUGGAUAGGGUACCUUUAUAUGUAAAUUUUAAAGUUUUGACUGUAUAAAUUAUCAGCCUCUCUUGAGGGGCCUAAUGCAGGAUUUUGAAUGGGAUUAUUGCCAUCUUACACCAUAUUUUUGUAAAACAUUGUAGCUUAAUCAUAAUCUCACGAUGAAGAUUUUGCAUCACUUUUUGCUAUUAUCAUUCUUUUCAGAAUUAUAAGCCAAAAGAAUUUACGCCUUAAUGUGUCAUUAUGUAACAUUCCUUAUAAGAAUUGUAAAUAUUUGGUGUUCUGUUUCUGACAUUUUAACUUGAAAGCGGAAAACUGCGAGAUGAUGUAUUUAACAAUAUUGGUGGCAAAUAUUCAAUAAAUAGUUUACAUCUA